AGUUUGAAACAAAUUUUUGAGUACAUGAAUACGUCAAAAUGUUGCGAAUUGUAUGUUUCGUCUUAGUCUGCGGUCUCGUCCAAAAGACGAGUGGUGACAUUAUAAUUAACAGUCACUCUUUGUCGUCCGAUUGCACCCCGUUUCGCAAAAUCUUAGAGCUCGCAUUUGUGGAAUACGCAGCAAUAUAUUUUGCUGAUAAUUCUCGUGGUACACAAGCACCAAUUGUUCCAGAAGCACUUGAUCCGCCCACUGCUCAAAAUUUGUUUAUCACAUAUUACGGAGAAGACGCCUCAUCAUCUGGGUUCAAAGAUACAAUAACAAGAAUAUUGUAUUCCGACCCAGGAAAUGGUGAGAAAAAACUCUGCAUAACGAAGCUGCUAUCCUGGAAUCUGACAGGGUCGUGUUACGUGACCUCGUCUACACGUAUGCCAAAGCUGGAAGUUAUAAUAUUGCUCGAGAAAAAUUUGCAGUUCUUUUGUACAACGGUGCGGAUGAGUUUUCUGGAGAAAAAUGGAAGAAAUACCGAUGUAUUGAGGAUGAUAAUUUAAGUCAGUUAGAAGCAGUUAUUUACAAUGAACUUGCAAGAAUUCGAAAUGAAAUCGGCGAAUUUCAAUUCGGCCAAUUUCUUGGUCUUGGUUCUGGAACAACUCUCGCGUUUGCUAUUGAUGAUACUGGAAGUAUGAGUGGUGAAAUUCAAGCCGCUAAGCAACGAGCCGUUAAUAUUAUUGACGAACGACAAGGAUCUCUUGAUCAGCCACAAAAUUUUGUUCUUGUUCCUUUCAACGAUCCUACUGUUGGCCCUUUGACCGUCACACAUGAUCCAGAUGCUUUUAAGCGGGCUAUUAACAAAUUAUAUGCACAUGGAGGUGGAGAUGCACCUGAACUAAGUAUGAGAGGAAUUCAAUUAGCUGUUGAGAAUAGUAAUGCAGGUUCAACUAUUUUUGUUAUCACUGAUAUUGAUGCAAAAGACGUGGAAUUGCAAGAUAAUGUGAUUGCACAAGCAAAACAAAAGGACAUAAAAGUCACUUUCCUUUUAACGAACCGAGUGUCAACGACAGUAUGCGCCAGGCGUACGCGUGGAUAUGAAAGUCGCGUUUGUGGAAACUCCUCGGCACUUAAACUCGGCUAUAAACUUUAUGAACAUAUUGCUAAAAGUACUGGAGGUAGAAUAUUAGUCGUGUCCAAAAGCAAUAUUUUCAAAGCCACUGAAGUGAUCGAAAGCACGCUGAAGCAAGGAUUGGAGGCUCUUUUGAUAAAAAAAUUUAAAAAAGGAACUACGGAUGCCAGAUUUUAUGUAGAUAGUACCUUGAAAGAGAUAUAUGUUGAAUCGGAAGGUGAUUGCAAAACUAUUACUAUUCUUAAACCAAAUGGUACAAAAGUAAAACUGGAGGGUGAGGUUAGGGUAGAUAAACUGAGAGUACAUCGCGCAGCCGUGAAUGAUUCUUUUGGACAAUAUAAGUUAAAUGUACGUGCAGAAUCAGAAUGCAGCAUCAAGAUUUCUGCUAAGAGUACAAAAGGAUUUGUUAAAACAUUGGGAAGAAAAAUAACUGAUGCAAAAACAAGGAAAACGAGAAUAGAGAGGUUUGAAGGUCAAGCUCUUACGACAGACAAAGUUGUAGUUUUUAUUGAUGAAUUUGGCAAACAACCUGGAGAUAUUACUGAGAAGGUCGAAUUCAUAUCAAGUGAUUCCGAUGAAAGCUAUAAAUUCACUAUAGAAGACAAAUCACUUGACAACUAUGCAAUCACACUUGGUGAACAUGCAAUGAAUUCACUGAUGGUAGUGCUGACAGGAGUCGACAAUAGGGGAUACCGGUUUCAGAGAGUCUCACAAGCUGAAAUUGAAUAUGUUUCUGUUGAUAUUGACUGCUCAGCGUUCAGUGAUAUAAUUUUCAGAGCAGGGGAUAACGCAACUGUCAACGUCACAGUACGAAACAAUGGAGAAAUUGAAGAAUUGUCAAUGGAAGCUAAUGAUGAUAAAGGAUACGUUCGUGAUGAAGAAGCGAGAAAAAUUGAAAUAAAGAAAGGAAAAAUGGGAACAUUCUCAAUUUCCGUUUCUGCUGGAAAAGGGGAACAGACAGGAAUUGUCAGCACAGUUACGAUUACUGCGAGUCUAAAAGGUUCCAACAAUCUGAUAUUUAAGCAAUGCAGAUUGAUUGUAGGACAAAAAGAAACACCGGAUAUUGAAUCAUUUCAUAUUGUCAGCAACAUAAACUCAAGAUUCGUUGAAACUUCUGUCUCUAGCACCGUUUUUAACAAUGCAUCGGUUGGAAGGACAGCAGAGUUCAAUGUUAUUAUGCCAUUGGACUCUUUCAUCACAGAGUUUUCUAUGACCAUAGGCAACGAAACAUACCCUGGCGAAAUUAAGGAGAAAGAGCAAGCAAAAAAGUUAUUUGAAGCGGCCAGAGCUAGAGGGAUAACUGCCGGACACGUCGCUGCUCGCGAGGAAUCAACAACUGUAUUCAAGACUUCAGUAAAUCUAGAAGCAAACAAGAGAGUUUUGUUCAAUUUGAAGUAUCAACAAUUGCUCAGACGCUCGCGAGGACAGUACCGUCACGAGAUAAUUGUGCAAACGAAACAACCAGUCGGGGAGUUGUUGAUUGAUGUUUAUAUAUGUGAAACGAGACCUUUGGACAAAGUUAAGGUGCUCGGGUUUGACACAGAACAAUCGGUUCUGCCUGGAAUGAUGACGAUGCCCGGUGCAACUGUCGACCAGCAAAGAACAACUGCGCACGUUUCCUUCAAGCCAACCCGCGAAGAACAACUGGAGCUUUCUCCUCUCGGAUUGAAUGGAAAAUUUAUCGUUGAAUAUGAUGUUGCCAGAAAUCGCGACAAAGAAGUAAAUGAAAUUGUUGCGGAUGACAGGCAUUUCAUACAUUUCCUUUCCGCCGAUAUGGAAACGAUAAGCAAACGAGUUGUAUUUUUGCUGGAUAGUUCAGCGUCAAUGUUUGGUCGGAAAAUGAAUCAAGUAAGGAAAGCAAUGGAUAUCAUUUUGAAUGGACUGAGCGUUGAGGAUCACUUUGCCAUUAUUAUGUUCAACAACAAUGUUACUCGAUGGAAUCCAGGCAAUGGCAUCAUGGCAUACGCUACGGAUGAAAAUAAAGCUUCGGCAAUAGAUUUUCUGAACAAUAUAAAGACAAACGGUAGCACGAAUAUUGAGACUGCAAUCAUAUAUGCUAUCGAUGUUUUGAAGAACUUUUCAGAAACAACGGAAAAAAAUCACCGCACUACAUCCGACUUCAUUUUGCUCUUGACUGAUGGAAGACCAACUGAAGGAGAGGUAGAUUCAAAAAAGCUUGUCGGUUUAAUAGAUCUUGCGAAUAACGGAUCAUUCGGGAUUCACACAAUUGGAUUCGGCUCGCUUGUCGAUGCUGACACAUUGGCAAAAAUUGCUUCUAGGAAUAAUGGAUCUUCAGUACAAAUAUUCGAAGACAUUGACGCCGAUUCCCAAAUUUCUGACUAUUUUGAGACAUUUGCUCGCCCUAUGCUUCAUGAACUAGAAAUAAAGUACGACGCUGAUCAGGUUGAAUCCGCAUCCGAAACAUUGUUUCCUGUGUUAUAUUAUGGAUCAGAGAUAGUAGUCACUGGAAAAUUGAAAGACGAUGCGUUUAGGCCUCACUUGCAACGAAGGCGCAGACAAAUAUUUGCAGCGCAGAUGUUCGAUUUCACUGUUCGGGGAAAAGGAAAAGAUGAGAAAGACUUUUUUCUUGAUGUUGAAGUUCAGCCGACCGCCCCCAGCAUCGAAUGCAUUGAAGAAUCUACUAAAAUAGAAAAUUUCACAGAACGUUUAAGCGUAUUUAUGGAACUUCAACAUAUGUUAAAAAGAAUAUCGGCUGAGAACAAUGAUACUGUUAAAAAAACUCUUACACAGCAAACUCUAAACCAAUCUCUCGAAUUCGGUUUUGUUACCCCUGGAAUUACUUCAAUGAUUGUUUUGAAGCCCGAAGACAAGGAGAAUCUACUACAAGAUUUGGAAAACAAACAGGAAGAUGUCGAAGUUAUUGAAUCGACCGAAGAAGGCAGUGAGUUCAAAGAAUUAGAUUUACGUAGACCGGAAAGAGGAGCAAUCGCAAGGCUUGGUGCUUUACCUAGAAUAGUGGGCGAUAGCGAUUCAACAGAUAGACCAACGUUUGGUUUUUUUGGCGAUCCACAUUUUGUUGUAACUCUGAGUGAGCAGCUAACUAUCUGCUUCAAUUGGCCUGGGCAUGAGGGACAGAUUUUUAACCUAAUUGAUGACAACGAAAAUGGAAUUACUGUUAAUGGCAAAAUUAAGAUUUUAAGAACUCCCGGAAUAAAAAAAAAGAAAAUAUUUGUGGAUGAAAUUGGAAUUGUUCUUUGGCAUCGAAACAUGACUAUUCGUAUCACUUGCAAAAAGAUCAUUAUUGUAAACAAUAUCCAUGGAAACUCUACUAAAAUUUCUCUAAUCAACUCAAAUAAAACACAAAUCGAGAAUAUCAAAAUCCUUGUCGAUGCAAAUGGUAAAUUUAACGGUGACAUGUUUUUGGAAAUACAGCCCGGAGUAGUAUUUAGGAUCCACAAAAUGAUAUCAAAGCAUAUCGAUAAAGUAGCAAGUCACUUAGAUUUUUCGAUAAUCGAUCAGGAAGGAAUAUCUGAAAAUGCAUUUGGAGUUUUAGGUCAGUUUUCUGAACACAAGGACGGAAAGAAAAAAGAUGAUGCUUCGAUUGAUGUUUCAAUUGGGAAAACUAACGAAGGCCUUUUGUGGUACAAACGCAAACCAAUCCCCGUCAAGUUGAAGACAAUGUAUGAUUACGGACAUGGCAAAGAUGUGGAAUGUUGGUUCCUGCAUCAUGUUAACGACGUGAUGGAUAAAGGAAGAUACAGAUAUCUUUUAAAGGGGCUAUUUGAUAGACCUGACAUACCACAGAUCUCGCCCCGCUAUCGCUCAUAAAGUUAUUAUGCAGUUUAGAGAAACAGUAUGGACAUAAUGGAUUUGAUUUUGUAUAUUAUAGAUUUAUAGAACGACGAAUUGAUAUUAAAAGUAAACGACACAUUGAUUGCUUAUUGUUUUUGCCUUAUUGUAAUAGUGAUAUAAUAAACUAUCAUGAAUGAGCAAAAUAUGUUAUCAUUUUUGUGUUAUUUGAGCACAGAAAACAUAAUAGCGCCUGCCGUCCCAAACGAUGCAAUUGGUUUUGUUUUGAAAUUUUUUCUUUAUCACU